AUUAUCCCAGGCUUCAUGUGCCAGGGUGGUGACUUCGCAUGCCAUAAUGGCACUGGUGGCAAGGCCACCUACGGAGAGAAAUUGGAGGAUGAGAUUGUCAUCUUGAAGCAUACAGGUCCUGGCAUCUUAUCCGUGGCAAAUGCUGGACCAAACACAAAUGGUUCCCAGUUUUUCAUCUGCCCUGUCAAGAUCGAUUGGUUGGACGGCAAGCAUGUGGUUUUUGGGCAGGUGAAAGAGAGCAUGGAAGUGAUGGAAGCCAUGCAGGGCUUUGGGUCCGGGAAUGGCAAGACCAGCAAGAAGGUCACCAUUACUGACUGUGGACAACUCUAAUACAUUUGAUCUGGUUUCUCUACCAC